AUGACGCUUUCGGAUCAACGUGAGAUUCUCGUUCGCCUCGGUCGCAGCGACGUUAAUAUGCUCAAUUAUAAGGGCUUCCCUUUAGAUUCCAUGAUCCGCGAGCUCGACUUCGAGAGUGCCGUCUAUACUCUGCUCACGGGGCAUACAGAGAUUCCUGUUUCAGCACUUCAUUUCUCGCGGCCCCCUAUUAAGCACAAUGUUGGGACGGAUUAUGACGUGGAAAUAAGUGUCCAGGGUCGGCAACUCAUGGUCUUUGACAAACACCCAGGAAAAAGCAAUGUGUGGUGGGAGCUAUCCCCAGGAGGCAGAAAUGACCUUGUAUCCGAAGCUGCACGUAUUCGAGCCUCUCUGUUCAAAUAUGACCCACCCAAAGACUUUGUCUCCACCUAUACUCUUCCUCGCAUUUUUCCUUUCAUGCCCGCCAAGUUGCCCGUCCAGGUCGAACUCACGAGAGAGUUCUGGCUGGCCGUUUUCCGCUCCAAGUUAGAAGCAACGAUCAAAAAUGAAGGCGACAUGAUUGGGUGGGAAGACGAUAACAACACCGUCGGUGAAGAGGCUAUGAAGGCUAAGCAAUCCCUUCUUCGCUUCCUUCCACACAUGCUACCGUCGGAAGAAGAUGACCAAUAUCUGUAUCGCAUGGUCCUAGAACAUGGGGACUUUGGUAUCCACAACAUGUCCAUCACGGCCGAGGCCGACAUGAACCAUGUCCACAUCACGUCGAUCUACGACUGGGAGACGGGCUGUAUCUGGCCUGCUCUACUAGCAGAUCCCGAGAUGGCACUUGCUGUCGAUCUUAUCGCAGACGAUAAUGCUAAGCCCGCCAUCAAACGAGUUUGGGAAGAGGCCGCACCUGAAGAUCUAAACGACUUUACAAAUCAUGCCAAAAACUAUAUAGAGACUCUUUAUCAGCACGCGCCUGAUUUCGAACGCGUCAUCAAAGUCGGAAAGGACGCACGUUACCUCUGGUUCAAGCUCAAGGAUUGGCGAGGCGAUGAUCCGGAAGACUUCUUUGAAGAACUGGGUACUUGGGCUGAGCGACGCAUGGCCGAUAUGGGCGUUCCAUUUGGAUGA